AUGGAUCCAAAUGGAAUUGUUCGUCGAGUUAUAGCAAAGCCGCGUGAUGUUAUUCUAAGAAAUCCAUCCAUUAAUCAUGAAAAUUUGCUUGAUGUACCAGAGUUUAAUUUUAUCUAUGAUGAUUCAGAUAUACUUCAAACUGAAAUAGCCGAACUUUAUGCUUAUUCGGAAGAACCGGAAUUUGUCUGGAAUGCGAAUGCAUAUGAUACAUUAUUUCGAGCCAAACACCAUGGUACUGAUCAAUGGAAAGAUUUAUCACCUCUAGAAAAGACGGAUUUUAUGGUCUAUUUAUUAGAACAAUGUGAAUUUGUUGACAGAACUAGACGAUGUUCAGCACUGAGAGCGAUUUUAUAUCUGAUGCAAGGUGUAUUUUAUCAGUGUUCAGAUGUUGAUGAAUACUUUACAAAUGUUAAAGAAAACAUACUUAUUUUUUAUUCAUGUGAUGGAAUUCAAACAUUUAUCGAUCUAUUCAAUAUGGAAUUAGAACGACUAUGUCACGAUAAUAGCCUGAAAAUGAUGAAUAAGAAUUUAAGUGAUAAUCAAGAUAUAAGAGUUAUUAUAUGUGUACUAUAUACAGUAAUUGAAUUUGCAAGAAAACUAACUGACACCGGAGAAAAUUGGUUACAUUUUAAAAAAUUACUUAAACAUGAUCUAUCUCACAGGAAUGAUAAUGAUGAAUUGUUUGCCAGUACACUAUUUAAUUCAAUUUGUGUUUUUUGUAACGCUCCACCAUCGCCACCUUUGCCUAUACGAAAAUUGUUGCUAUUAUUAUGGAAAUUAAUUCUUUUUACGCUAGGCGGCAUUGAGGAUGCAUUUGAACAAAAAAAUAUCAUUCGUCAAAAGCAUAAUUUGUCAACGAUUGUAGAAAAUCCAUCAAAAGUCAUUCAAAAAAUGCAACCAAUUUCACCACCGCUAGCUGGUGCAGAAGGUUUAGAUAUGCAACAAAAUGAAAGUGGUGGUAGUAGCAGUAGACGAGCAAAACGACAGAGUUUCACAAAACAAAGCGCUUUGGAUGCCGAUGCUGAAGAUUCAUCGAAUUCAAAUUCAUCAUCAUCCACAUUAUCAACUCUUACAAAUUCUUCUGCUAGUGAUGAUGAUGGUACCAUGUCGCUCGUUCCUCCUUCAACACCAGCUAUCUCAACAGAUUCUGUAGUCGAUCCAACCUCAACAUCACCCACUUUACCAGAUCCAGCAACAUUAUUCAACAAAGAACUUCCUUGGUUACCCAAAGUGCGGCAAAAAGAUUUGGAAACAUUUUUGGAUCAUACACGAAAAAAAUUUGUUGGCUUCUCGAUCAAAGAUGAUUUAGAUACAUUGAUUGGAUUACCAAAUCCGAUCCAUGAGAGCGUAAAGAUUCUCAAACAACAUUUGUACAUAUCUUUAUCCGAAACUCAAAUGCAGAAUGAAGAUGAAAUAACAAAAUAUCCAUUAUCGAAGAAGGAGACAGUUGUACCAGAUAUCCCUGCUGAACGUUUAUAUCAUGCUACAUUACCGCAAAUUCCACAGUUUUUAAUUGCUAUGUUAAAACUAUUACUUACUUCAACUCCAACAGCUAAACCAAAGGCAGAAUCAAUCAAUAUUCUAUGUGAUGUUAUACCAGAAGAAAUGCCUAUAACAAUGGUGCAAACGAUGAAACUUGCUUUUGAUAUUAAUAGACAUAAAGAAAUGAUCGUUAAAGCUGUCUCUGCUAUUCUAUUACUAUUAUUAAAACAUUUUAAAGUUAAUCAUAUCUAUCAGUUUGAAUAUAUUUGUCAAAAUCUUGUAUUUUCAAACUGUAUUACGGUCAUAUUGAAAUUUUUUAACCAUAACAUCUUAUCACAUAUACAGGCAAAAAAUACUAUACCAAUAUUAGAUUUUCCGAAUUGUGUUAUUGGUCACCAGCCGGAACUUACGGCAGAAGCAUUCGAUGUGUCAGAUAAUGAAAAUUAUUGUUGGCGAAAUAUGUUUUCAUCCAUAAAUUUGUUAAGAAUAUUAAAUAAAUUAACAAAAGGAAAACAUGCAAGAACUAUGUCAGCACCAAUUCUACGCAAAACAUUACGUGUUAAACAAGCUAUGAUGCAAUUAUACGCAUUAAAAUUAUUAAAGUUACAAACACGUUAUUUAGGAAGACAAUGGCGAAAGUCAAAUAUGAUGGCUAUAUCAGCAAUUUAUCAACGUGUCAGACAUAGACUGAAUGAUGACUGGGCAUAUGGAAAUGAACAAGAAACACAAUCAUGGGAUUUUCAAACCGAAGAACGUGCAUUACGUAAUAAAAUUGAUUUAUUUAAUCAUCGUCGUUAUCGUUCAUCGUCUAAUCCUAAUGAAAAUAAAUUACAAAACUCCAGCACACAAAAUGCUAGUGUCCAUCAACCACCAAAUGAUUAUCACCAUGCUCAAAUGUAUGAUUUUGACUAUUUUUAUUCAAACAACAACAAUCACGAUCUGUUAACGGCAUUAUCAUCACUAAAUUUAGACGAUAAUGAUUUACCCGAAACGUUUAAACGUAAUUAUGAACAAUGGCUAGAGCAAGAAGUCUAUACACAGGACAUAAAAUGGGAUUUAUUAAUGAGACCAAAAACAAUGGUCAUUUAUUAA